CACCAUCUUUAUGAGAAUGUCACACAGAUUCUAGAGCUGGAGAAGUUACAUGAGUGUGAGUCCUCGCCAGCAGCUAGACACAGAAGGGAGGCGGUGCAGUUUUCCCGAGAGGCUUCAAAACACCUCACCUUUGGAUUCCCACCCAGUGGCAAGCCGGCCAUUUCUAGCGGUCCUGCUUGAGCCCCUUCUGAGUGGGUGGCCCCCUUGUCCCCUCCCAGCCGGCGAGGAGGAGGAGGCGGCGGCGGCGGCGGCAGGAGCAAGAGCCGAGAGAGGAGGAGAGUCCAGGAUGCAGCACGGCCAGGCGCCUGAGGGGGGCUGGCCAUGGGGGAGCGCAUAACGGGCGAGUGAGCGACAGGCGGCGAGCGGGCGGCUGGCUGGCUUGGCUGGCGGGUCCACGGGACGCGGAUGUCCACAUCCCCGGGUCUAGUGACUUAACUGUGACUGGCCCUUUCUCUGAACAAUUGUGGAAAUGCAUGCGCAUCCAGACUUGACUACUGCAGUGCUCUCUACAUCCAGUUCGGAAACUGCAGUUAGUACAGAAUGCAACAGCCAGGGAUGCCCUCUGCCUACUCACUAGUUACACUUCUUUUAGCAUUAUCUAUUGGUUUUGCCAUUGGAGAAUCAGAAGUAAAAUUCACUGGACAAACAGAAUUUGUAGUUAAUGAAACGACAACAACAGUUAUACGUCUUGUUAUUGAAAGGACAGGUGAACCAGUCAACGUCACAGCAAUUGUAUCGAUUCACGGUGAAAAUACAGGUGACUUUUUUGACACGUAUGCAGCAGCAUAUAUUUCUGAUGCAGAAACAAACCGAACUGUGUACAUUUCUGUGUGCGAUGAUGAUCUUCCAGAGGCUGAUGAGAGUUUCAUAUUUUAUUUGACAUUACAGAAGCCAUUUCCAGGAGUAAAGCUUGGAUAUCCCAGAGCUGUAACUGUAACCAUUUUAUCAAAUGACAAUGCCUUUGGAAUUAUUUCUUUCAAUAUGCCUGCCUUAAUAAUCUUGAAUGAGCCGAGAGGGAGGAAUGAAUCUAUGCCUCUCACUCUAAUUCGAGAGAAGGGGACCUAUGGGACUGUGACCGUGAUAUAUGAGGUAGAAGGUGGUCCAGAUUCUCCUGAGGAAGACUUGAGCCCAUCAAAAGGAAACAUCACCUUUUCUCCUGGCACAGCUGUAUUGAUUUAUAACUUAUUUAUUCUUGAUGACCAGAUACCAGAAAAUGAUGAAAUGUUUAUUAUUCAUCUGAGAAGUGUAGAAGGAGGAGCUGAAAUCAAUGCAUCAAGAAAAUCUGUUGAGAUUGUUAUUAAGAAAAAUGAUAGCCCAGUCCGAUUUUCUCAAAGUAUUUAUAUGGUGCAAGAAGAGGAUGAUAUACUUACAGUUCCAGUAUUUCGGGGUAAAGAUGACGAUGGAAACAUAAUUGGACCUGAUGAAUAUGAAGUCUCCAUCCACUAUAUCAUUGUAACUGGGAAUUCAACAGCACAUGCACAACUUAACUUAGACUUUCUAGAUCUACAGCCAAAUACGACUGUUGUUUUCCCACCUCUGGUACACGAAUGUUCCAUAAAAUUCAAAAUCCUUGAUGAUGCCAUACCAGAAAUUGCUGAGACAUUUCAUAUUAUGCUAAUUAAGGAUACCUUGCAAGGAGAUGCUGUUUUAACAAAGCCUUCCAUUGUCCAAGUUACUAUUAAGCCUAAUGAUAAACCCUAUGGAGUUCUAUCCAUAAACAGUGGCUUGUUCACACAGACAGUUGUUAUUGAUGAAGAUCAAAUGUUAAGGUAUGAAAGCAUCACAAUUGUAAGAAAUGGUGGAACACACGGAAAUGUUUCAGUUACAUGGAUUAUAACCCGCAACAAUAGUGAUACUUCACCUGUAACUGCAGACAUCAUUCCGGAUUCAGGAAUGCUACAUUUUGCUCAAGGGCAGAUGUUGGCAUCACUUCCCCUGACCAUUGUUAAUGAUGACCUUCCUGAAGAAGCAGAACCAUAUCUAUUCAGAAUUCUGGCUCACACAGUACAGGGGGGUGCAGAAGUCAGUGAACCAGCAGAGCUUUUGUUCUACAUUCAGGACAGUGAUGACGUUUAUGGUGUGAUUAAAUUCUACCCUUUGGAAAACCAGAGGAUAGAAAGCAGCCCAGAUGGGCGGUUUUUGUCCCUUAGCUUUGCAAGGCAAAGGGGAACUGUGGGAAAUGUGAGGCUAUUUUAUACUGCUCUGUAUAUUCCUGCUGGGCCAGUGGAUCCUGAACGAGCUAAAGAGCAUAUCCUAAACAUUUCUGGAAGAAGCACGCUCUACUUGCCAGAAGGAAAAACUGAAGAUAUUGUAAAAGUACCAAUAAGAAAUGAUGCAUUUCUUCAAAAUGGGGCCCAUUUCCUAACACAGCUGGAAAAAGUUGAACUGCUGAAUAUUGUUCCUCUAGUUCCAUCUAUAAGUCCUAGACUAGGUGAAAUCCAAAAUAUCUCUUUGAGAAUCACACCUGACAUUGCAAAUGGAGAAAUUGGCUUUAUCAGUAAUCUUCCAAUAAUUUUACAUGAGCCAGAAGAUUCUGUAUCUACAGAAGUUUCCAUUGCCUUGCAUCGAGAUGGAACUGAUGGAAAAGCUACUGUUUUCUGGAGCCUGAUACCUUCUGGCCUCAGUUCAAAAGCAGUAACUAUAGAUGACAUAAGUCCUUUAUCUGGAUUUGUUGUGUUUUUAUCUGGACAAAGUGACACAGCAAUCAACUUUACUGUCAAAGCUGAUGAUAUCCCCGAAAUGAAUGAGACACUGACGUUAUCAUUAGACAGAGUGAGUGUGGACAAUCAGAUCCUGAAAUCUGGUUAUACUAGCCGUGAACUGGUCAUUCUGGAAAAUGAUGAUCCUGGGGGAGUGUUUGAGUUUGCGUCAUCUUCCAGAGGCCCUUAUAAGAUAAAAGAAGGAGAGUCGGUUGAACUCCACAUCGUUCGCUUCAGAGGAGCCCUUAUCAAGCAGUUUCUACACUACACGGUAGAACCACGAGACAGCAAUGAGUUCUAUGGGAUCACAGGAAUACUGGAGUUUAAACCUGGGGAAAAGGAAAUUAAAGUUACAUUGCUAACAAGGAUGGAUGGGAUUCCAGAGUUGGAUGAAUUUUACUCAGUGGUACUAACUAGCCACGGUGAGCUGCCAAGUAAGCUGGGAAAUGCCACAAGAGUAAACAUAACCAUUCUGAAGAAUGACGAUCCUCAUGGAAUAAUCCAGUUUGUUGAAGAUGGACUGACAAUAACUAUAAAUGAAAGCAAAGGGGGAGACAUCUAUGCUGCAGUGUUCAAAAUUAUAAGAAACCAAGGAACCUUUGGCAAUGUGACUGUGUCUUGGGUAAUUCACCCGGUUUCUACAAAAGACAUCUACCCAGAGCAAGGAACAAUUUUCUUUGAAAACGAGGAAUUUUCAAAAAAUAUCACCAUUUAUUCAUUGCCUGAUGAGGUACCUGAAGAAAUGGAGCUAUUCACCAUUAAUCUUUUUAAUGCUACAGGAGGUGCUAUAAUGGGAAAUAUAACCACUGCAGUAUUGCAGAUUAUAAAAAACGAUGAUCCCAUUUAUUUUGCAGAUCCUGUUGUUGUGAAGGUUGAAGAAGGUGGCAUGGCUAAUUUUGUAGUCAUAAGGAAUGGCUCUUAUGAUUAUUCUUCUUUGGUUUUGUAUGCUGCUGUUAACGGAGGAGCCAUUGCCGAAGAGGGAGAUUUCAUUUUUACUGAAAAGAGUGGAGUGCUUUUGUUUGGUACUGGGAUAAGAGAACAAAAUAUAUCUGUGUUUAUCAGCGAUGAUGAUAUCCCCGAGACAGAUGAGACUUUUUACAUCAUUCUCUUCAACUCCACAGGGGACACAGUAGUUUAUGGAUCUGGGAUGGCAACAGUAAUAAUUGAAGCCAAUGAUGACCCAAAUGGCAUUUUCUCAAUGGAACCUCAUAGCAAAGCAGUGGAAGAAGGCAAGACUAAUACUUUUUUGAUUCUGAGGCACAGAGGCUACUUUGGCAAUGUUUCCUUGGCCUGGCAGCUGUUAGAGAAUGAUUCUGCUUUGAACCCGGGAGAAGAAUUCUAUGAAGUCUCUGGGGCUGUGUGGUUCAUUGAUGGUGAAAGGUCAAAGCCUAUAACUCUCCAUGCCAUUGCUGAUAAAAUUCCUGAAUUCAAUGAGUUUUACAAGCUAAAGCUGGUGAAUGCUUCAGGUGGAUCUCCAGGUCCUGGUGGACACUUAGCUGAAACCAACCUUGCAGUAACAGUGACGAUCCCAUUUAAUGAUGACCCAUUUGGAGUCUUCAUCCUAGAUCUGGAGAGCCAGGACAGAGAGAUAGCAGAAGAUGUUCUGUCUGAAGACGACAUGUCCUACAUUACCAACUUUACGAUAUGGAGACAGCAGGGAACUUUUGGAGAUGUCCGAAUUGGUUGGGAAAUAGUAUCCAGCACGUUCAAAGAUGGGUUACCCCUGAUGAUUGACUGCUUACUGCUUGGGAAGUUUUCACAUUCAGUGCAGUUGCAGCCUCACAUGCGACGUCAUCACACUGGAACAGAUGCUUUGUAUUUUAGUGGUAAAGAAGAUGCAUUUGGGAUUAUUGAGCCUGAGUUCCACAUCAGUAAGAACAGGACACUUGCCAACUUCACAUUUUCAGCAUGGGUGAUUCCUAGUGCCAAGAGCAAUGGAUUUAUAAUAGCAAAGGACAAUGGUAAUGGAACACUUUAUUAUGGAAUGAAAAUCCACACAAAUGAAUCUCAUGUUUCUGUAAGGCUUUAUUACACACCGCUGCAAAGUAAUGUAACAUAUGUGGCUAGGAUCACAGUCAUGAAAUACUUAGAGGAAAAUACUUGGCUCCAUCUUUUGAUUACAGUGGAUGAUGGCAUAAUUGAGUUUUUCAUUGAUGGAAAUCCAGUGCCCGGAGGUAUUAAGAGUCUCAAAGGAGAAGCAAUUGCUGAUGGACCAGGAAUAAUGAGAGUGGGUGCUGGCAUGAAUGGCAGCGAUAGAUACACAGGGCUGAUGCAAGAUGUGAGACUUUAUGAACAGAAAUUGACUAAGGAAGAGAUCUAUGAACUUCAUGUUACUCCAGCAAGGACUGAUUUGCACCCCAUCUCUGGUUACUUAGAAUAUCGACAGGGAGAAACCAAUAAGUCAUUCAUUGUUUCUGCCAGAGAUGACAAAGAGGAAGAAGGAGAGGAGCUGUUCAUCCUUAAACUUGUUUCUGUUCGUGGGGGAGCACGAAUUUCACAAGAAAAUACAACUGUAGCAUUAAGAAUUCAGAAGAGUGAUAAUGCCAAUGGUCUGUUUGGUUUCACAGGAGCUUGUAUUCCUGAGGUGUCUGAUGAAGGUUCCACUGUGUCUUGUGUAGUGGAGCGCACCAGGGGAGCCCUGGACUAUGUUUUUGUACAUUACAGUAUUACUCAGAUUGAUUCUGAUGGCAGCAGUUACCCGGUGGCUGAUUUUGCUAAUGCUAGUGGGAUGAUCAUAUUCCUUCCUUUGCAGAGAUCAGAGGUUUUGAAUUUGUUUGUUCUUGAUGAUGAUAUUCCUGAGCUGAUGGAAUAUUUCCAGUUGACUUUAGUAUCUGCUGUUUCUGGAGAUGGAAAAAUAGGUUCAACUCCAACUAGUGGAGCAAGCAUAGAUCGAGAGAAGGAAACUAACUCUAUCACCAUCAAAGCCAGUGACCACCCUUAUGGGUUGCUACAGUUCUCAGUGGGACAGCCUCCAGCAGAUAGUGAUGAAAUCGUUCUACCAGCCACCACUGCACCCCACAUUUCAGUCAAGGAAGAAGUAGGACACAUCAGGUUGCUUGUUGUUCGAGCACAAGGGCUACUUGGAAGGGUACUGGUGCGAUACAAAACAGUUUCACUGACAGCAUUCAGUCCUCAAGAUUAUCAGGGCAUUUCAGGCGCGUUGGAAUUUCUGCCAGGAGAAAGAUACAAGUACAUUAUAGUUAACAUUACAGAUAAUUCUAUCCCUGAACUUGAAAAGGCUUUUAAAGUAGAGUUGCUGAACCCAGAAGGAACAGUUGCUGGACUCUUUAGUGAUGGCAGUGGUAGUGGUGAUGGGAACUUGGACUUCUUCCUUCCUGCUGUCCAUCAGCAUGCCACCUUGGGAAUAGCAUCUCACAUCAUAGUGACUAUUGAAGCCUCUGAUGAUGCUCAUGGAGUUUUUGAGUUCAGCAUCGAAUCCCUCUCUAUCAAUGGAACUGAACCUGAGGAUGGAGAUGGAACAGUAACACUUGAGGUUGUCAGAAAUCAAGGUGCCUUGUCCCAAGUGACUUUGCAUUGGCUAAUAGUGCCUGAUGAUACUGAAGAUCUGCUAGCUACUUCUGGCAACAUAACUUUCAAUAUAAAGCAAAGAAGAGCAAAUAUCAUGGUACCAAUCUUGCCUGAUGAAACUCCAGAGCUAGACAAGAUGUUUUCAAUUUGGCUCAUCAACGUCUCAUGUGGACGUCUUGGAGUUCACCUGAAUGCUACAUUAACUAUUCUUGCGAACGAUGACCCCUAUGGGCUUUUGAUUUUCUCUGCGAAAAACAGGCCCAUCAAAGUUGAGGAAGAAACCAGGAAUAUCACCCUUACAAUAGUAAGGUUAAAAGGUCUCUUGGGAGUAGUCAUGGUUACAUACAGAACAAUGGGUGAUGAGGAUAAGUCACCCUAUUUGCCUUCAGACAUUGCUAGAGCAACAUGCAAACAAGACUAUCUGCCUGUUUCAGGAUCUGUAAUCUUUGUAGCCAAUGAAGAUGAGGCUAUUAUAGAGCUCCCUAUUCUGGAUGACAGUGAACCAGAGAGAUCAGAAUCUCUGUUUGUGGAGCUGCUUGAUGUUACUUUGGUAGAAGGAGUCCAGCGUCGACCAAUUUCAGAUUCUCCCCGUCUUGGACCUAAGGGUGACACAAUUGCUCACGUAAUUAUCAAUGCCAAUGAUGAUGCUUUUGGAACACUGCAGCUCUCAGCACCCGCUGUACGAGUAGCUGAAAAUUACUUUGGACCCAUAAUCAACGUCACAAGAACUGGAGGGUUGUUUUCCGAUGUUUCAGUGAAAUUUAAAGCAAUGCCAAUAACUGCAAUUGCUGGUGAAGACUACAGUGUAGCAUCAUCAGAUGUUGUCUUACUAGAAGGUGAGACCAGUAAAGCUGUGCCAAUUUAUAUCAUUAAUGAUAUCAACCCUGAGAUUGAAGAGUCCUUCCUUGUGCAGCUGCUCAAUCAGACAACAGGGGGAGCAUUGGUUGGAGGCCUGACUCGGGCAACUGUGACCAUUGAGGCUUCUGAUGACCCAUUUGGAUCUUUCGAUACCAAUGAAGAGAUAAAACUCUCAAUGUUGCUAGCCUUCCAGAUCACAGAGGUCACUGUUGAAGAGCCUGAGUCUGACACAGCAAGAAUAGAUCUGCCAAUAAUCCGAAAUGCUGGAACACUUGGCAAUGUAACUGUUACAUGGAUUGCUACCACUAAUGGGCAACUUGCUACCAGUGAUUUGCAGGUUCCUUCGGGCAACAUUCAGUUUUUGCCUGGGGAAGCCAUGAAGAAGUUGACAUUGGAGAUCUUGGCUGAUGAUGAUCCAGAAAUCCAAGAGGUUAUCAGAGUGGAAUUAACUCAAGCCUCCAGUGGAGGUACUAUUGGAUCAGAUGGAGUAGCCAAUAUUAUAAUUCCUGCCAAUGAUAAACCAUAUGGCACAGUUUCCUUUCACCAACCCUUGUACCGAGUUCAGGAGCCAAUGGAAAGAAGUUCAGUUGCAAACAUAACGGUGAAGAGAAGUGGUGGAAGAUUUGGUGAUCUGCAGAUUUUCUACAGCACGUCUGAAAUUGAUGUUGUGGCUCUCGCAAUAGAGCAAGGCCUAGAUGUACUCUCCUACUAUGAAACUCCUGUGCAAGGAAUUCCUGACCAAGCUCAGAUGACUAGAGUGAAUGUUUCCUUAACAAGUGAUUCUCUCUACACAUGUGCAACUCUGUGCCUAAAAGAACAAGCAUGUUCAGCCUUUUCUUCUUCUAGUGCCUUUGGAAUUCCAUCAUGCUUUUGGGUGGCAUCUUGGAGUGGCCCUGUAACUAAUAACUCGAGAUUCUGGACUUACAAGAAAAACUUGACCACUGUAUCCUCGCUUUUUAGUACACAAGCAGUUGCUAGCAGUGACUAUGAGUCUGUAACAAGGCAAUGGGUAAUGUUGGCAGAAGGAGCAGAGUUUGCAAAUCUCACGGUCAUCAUACUCCCUGAUGAUUUUCCAGAAGUGGAUGAAAAGUUUGUCAUAUCUCUAUUAAAAGUUAAGCUGAUGAACAUCUCUGCCAGUAUUGAAAACCAGCCAACCAUAGGACAGCCAAAUACUUCUACAGUUGUCAUACUAAUGAAUGGGGAUGCUUUUGGUGUGUUUGUAAUCUACAGCAUCAGUCCCAACACAAGUGAGAAUGGUCUUUAUGUAGAAGUUCAAGAAUGGCCUCAAAACACCAUCCAGUUAAUGAUACAUAGGACAGAAGGUAGUCUGGGACAGGUGAUAGUGGAGUGGAGCAUCACUGGAGGCACAGCUACCCCACAUUUGGAUUUCAUAGGUGAAGGGGAGGUCCUGAUUUUUGCAGAAGGUGAAACAAAAAAGGGGAUUACAUUGACAAUUUUGGAUGACACUGAACCUGAGGAUAAUGAAAGCAUUAUCAUCAGUUUGACCCACACUGAAGGUGGCAGCCGUAUUCUGCCCAGCUCAGAUACUGUUACUGUGGUUAUUCUGGCCAAUGACAACGUCGCAGGAGUUAUUAGCUUUCAGACAGCCUCAAGAUCUGUUAUUGGUCAUGAAGGAGAACUAUUACAAUUCCACGUUGUAAGGACUGCACCAGGAGCUGGGAAUGUCACUGUUGAUUGGCAAAUCAUUGGUCAACAUCUGGAGCAAAACUUUGAAAAUGUUUCUGGGAUGUUUCUUUUAUUGGAGGGGUCACUGAAUGCAACAUUUUAUGUUCACCUGCUGGAUGACCAUAUACCUGAAGAAAAAGAAGAAUAUCAUAUAAUCUUGUAUAAUGUUAGAACUCAAGGGUUUACUUCUACUGGAGCUGCUGUCCUGGACAGCCAAGGUUAUGAAGCAGUUUUGACAGUAGAGGCUAGUGAUGAACCGCAUGGAAUUCUGAGUUUUGCUUCUUCAUCUAAAGUUGUUUUGGUUCAAGAGGGAAACAAAACCAUUCCGCUUUUCAUCAACAGAGAGUUUGGAUCCUUAGGUGUUGUCAAUGUCACCUAUGCAACAGUUCCUGGGCAGCUUGGUUUAAAGAAUCAGAUGGAAGGGAUUUUGGCUGAACCAGGAGUUGAUUACAUACCGGUGUCAGGAUCGUUGCUUUUAGAAGAAGGUGAAACAUCGGCCACCAUAAAUAUUACUGUUCUUGAGGAUGAUGAACCAGAAAUUCAGGAAUUCUUCCUGGUUAAUUUAACAUCUGUUGAACUCAUCAUACAUCCUUUGACAUCUUUUCCUCCGAGACUUGAUAUGACUGGUUUAAUUCAUUACAGACUUAAAGAUGUAGAUGGUUUGGCAGCACAGAUUAUCAUUGAUGCUAAUGAUGGAGCAAGAGGAGUAAUUGGCUGGCAAAACAUUAGUUUUGAAAUAAAUGAAAUGAAUGGAACUUUGACAUUAGUGGUAUUCCGGGACAGAGGAUCUUAUGGGAAUGUGUCCUUGUUCUUAUAUGCUCAGAAUCUGGAAGCACAGCAGGGAAUGGAUUUUAAUUUUACUUCAAGGACCCUUUCCUUUGCUGAUGGAGAAAGGUAUAAAUAUGUCAGUGUUAUGAUUUUUGACGAUGAGAUUCCUGAAGGGAAUGAGAGAUUCCAGUUAAUUUUAACAAACCCAUCCCUUGGACUGGAAUUAGGAGAAAACACAACAGCCACAGUUACCAUCCUUGUCAAUGAUGAUGGCCAUGGAGUUCUGUCCUUCAACAACAGUGAGCAUUUCUUUCUAAAAGAGCCGACAGCGCUCUAUUUGAUGGAAAGUGUUGCUGUGCUAACCAUUUUAAGGGAACCUCUUCAGGGAAUAUUUGGAACUGUGACCGUUCAAUAUCUUGUGAGAGAAAUAAAUUCUUCUGAAGCAUCUGUAGAUCUGACCCCAUCACAAGGCUAUAUUGUUCUAGAAGAGGGAGUCAGAUUCAAGACUCUGCAUAUUACUGCUGUACUAGAUCCUGAACCAGAAAUGGAUGAACAUUUCAUCAUUACUCUGUUCAAUCCAACUGGAGGAGCCAGACUAGGCACCAGAGUAGAAACUUUGAUCACAGUAAUGCAAAAUCAGGCCCCACUGGGACUUUUCAGUAUCUUUCCAGUUUCAAAUAGGACAAAUUCUGUUAUUGUUGAAGAAGCCAACACUACAGUCUACUUGAAAGUGUCCCGGAGUAAUGGAAUCAACACAUCAGUGAGUGUGGAAUGGGAAACAUUGUCUGAUACUGCAUUUGGAAUAAAGGGUGGAAUAAGUGUGUUGUCCGUUUCACAGAGUUUUGUGGAAGAACCAAUAUCCAGCUGGUGUUUCUUUACAUCAGGAGAAUCUGUAUAUGGCAUAUUGUUGCGAACAUAUCCAGCUAUACAUUCUUCAGUAUAUCAGUGGCGUGGAGUCUUUGUUCCUGUAGAGGAGUUUAUUAUUCAGAAUCCUCAACACUGUAUGGCAUUUCAGAUUGAUGGUUCCUCCUACCUAGUGAUUACUCAUGGUGGAACAAAAUCCCAGAGACCUUCUAGCAAUACUGUGUACUCCUUCACUCCUAGAUUCCAGUUGCUACAGAUACAGACCAUCUUGUUGCCAGAUACUAGUGUUAUGAAGUAUUUCGAUUUGGAUCAAAACCACUAUUUGGUUAUUGCAAGUUCUUUUGCUGAAUCUAAAUCUCUCCAGAUUUUCUUCUGGAACAAUGGCAUGUUUGAAUUCCAUCAUCAGCUUUCUGUGAAUGGAGUUUUAAGUGUCGAUGUUUUUCCCAGGGGAGGCUCUAUUUAUCUAGUAGUAGUUCCAUCAGUCUCCACCCAAGCCCCUCUUUUGUACCAGUGGUCAGACAACAAAUUUCGAACCUUUCAUGAAGUGCCAAUAUAUGGAAUAACGCAAGCUAAAGCCUUGACUUCGGGAUCUGAUGUCUACUUAAUUUUUGGAAAAGAGCUCAACAGUACAUGUGAAGUUUUUGUGUGGGAAACAGGCCAAUCUUCCUUCAGACAUUUUCAGUCUCUUUACAUCAGUGCUGUGAAUGAAAUCCACACCUUUCUCCCACCCUCAGGUUUAGUCCAUAUGCUGUUUGCCAGCAAGGAUAAAUCAGCUCUCUAUUCCUGGAAUUCAGAAAUAAAUCAGUUCUCUCCAGUGCUGGAAGCCCCUUCUGCCAAUCAUUUCACCACUAUCAAUGUAAGAUCACUUAAUUCCAACAGAAGUCUAAUCAUUCUGUCUGGAGAUUCCUGCUCCUAUAUUUAUGAGCUGACCUCAGUCUCCAACCAAUCGGAUUUUAUUCCUAGUUCAGGUGAACUGAUAUUUGAACCUGGAGACAGGGAAGUUGUGCUGGCAAUCAAUAUAUUUGAUGACACAAACCCAGAGGAAGAAGAAUUCUUUAGAGUACGGUUGAAAAAUCCAAAGGGUGGGGCAGAAAUCAGUGUUGAUGGUUUUGUUACCAUAAUUAUUCCCUCUAAUGACGAUGCUCAUGGAGUUAUUGCAUUUGCCCAGAAUUCUUUAUUUAAACAAGUAGAAGAAUUGGAAGAAGAUACUUUGAUCACCUUGAAUAUUGAACGCGUAAUAGGUACCUAUGGACGUGUUACAGUACAGUGGAUAGCCAAUGGGAGCGUUAGUGAUAUAUUUCCAACAUCAGGAGUGAUUACAUUUUCAGAAGGGCAAGCCUUAUCAACAAUCACCUUGACAGUCCUUGCAGAUGACAUUCCUGAAGUUGCAGAGAUGGUGACUAUAACUCUCACUCAUGCCAGCACUGUGGGUAUUCAGGAUCCCAAAAGAGGAGCAGCCAUUGACCCAAACCGAGCCAAAGCUGUCUUUACCAUUUUACCUAAUGACUCUCCUUAUGGUGUAGUGGGAUGGCACACAGAUUCCCUCUUUGUUAAAGUAGCCGAACCUGAUGAGAAACCCGCCAUUGUUACUUUACAUAUUAUCCGAGAACAAGGAUUUGUUGGUGAUAUCAGUGUUCAGUUGAUUCCCAAAGCUAUUUUUUCACUUCCUCUUGUCAAUCAAGCAAUGGAAAAGGAGGAUUAUACAUUAGAAAACAAGACCAUUAUUAUGGCAGACAACAUGACAAUAGUUUCUGUAACUGUAGCCAUUUUGCCGGAUGAUGUUCCAGAAUUACAAGAGGGAUUUUUAAUCAAUAUUAGCAGUGUUCAGUUGCUGGACUCUUCUCUCACUGGAGGGCAGCCAAGUGUGAAGAGAAUUGGCUUAGAAAUAGCCGAGAUAACGAUUGAUGAGAAUGAUGAUCCCAGAGGAAUAUUUGAUUUCAAUGCUACCAAGGAUAUAAGUGGAACAGUGUCUGGUUAUGAGGUACCUCCACCAGAGAAUGUUUUGAAGCUACCAGUUGUUCGAAAGGCGGGAAGGUUUGGAACUGUGAAUCUAUAUUGGAAAGCCACACCUGCCACUGCUAGCUUCGAAGAUUUUACACCAUCUUUUGGGAACCUCACGUUUGCAGAUGGACAGGCAGUAGGAGUGAUAGAGAUCACCAUCAUAGAUGAUGACAUUGCUGAAAUUCUAGAGAUGUUCAGUGUCACCUUACUCAGAGUGACGGGUGCUGCCAGAUUAGGGGAGGAUGUGCAGUUGACAGUCACUAUUCCAUCAAAUGACUCUCCUGUUGGAGUAUUUGGAUUUGAAGAAAAGCAUGUAACAAUAAAGGAGCCUCAGGCAGUUGAUGAUCCUGCUGCAAAUGCAUUCCUUACUGUAAGUCGGAGCAGAGGGGGGCAGGGAGAAGUUCGACUUAUUUGGAUUCUUGAGGAGGCAGCUAAAUAUGACCUCACUCCUCUCAAUGGAACUCUUCUCUUUGCUGAGACAGAAUCCCUGAAAACCAUAGUUUUGCAAGCAAUUCAAGAUGGUCUGUUGGAAGGUGAUGAAAGUUAUACAGUUCAACUAGUGUCUACUGAUAAUACAGAAAUAUCACCAAUAAAUGGUAUGGCAACCAUUACUAUAUUGGGAGAUCAAGGAGCUUCUGGGAUUGUUGGGAUAGCUUCAUCAACCACCCAUAUCCUGAUAGGCGAGCCUACAGGAAAGUAUAAUGGAACUGCUUUUAUUCGCCUAGUACGUGGGCCAGGGAUUUCUGGAGAGGUCACAGUCUUUUGGAAUAUUACACCCCCUGAUAAGAUGGAAUUUGCUGAGAUAUCAGGAUCUUUAAUCAUGAAAGACAAGCAAUCUGCUGCUGUUGUAAUAAUACAGGCUCUAGAUGAUGACCUUCCUGAGGAAAAGUGUCACUAUUAUUUUCAUCUAACUGAUAUCAGUGAUGGAGCAAUUGUGAAUGAGUCUGCCAGCAUAGCAAAUGUCACCAUGGCUGCUAGUGACUUGCCCUAUGGGCAGUUUGCAUUUCCCCAGGAAUUUCUGCAGAUAACAGAAGAUGACAAAUGGGCUAAUAUCACAGUUCUCCGUUCACAUGGAAAUUAUGGGCAUGUCCACCUCUGGUAUCGGACACUGAAUGGAACUGCAGUGGAAGGCAUGGAUUUUGCGACCAUGUUGGAAGAGCUUACAUUCAAACCAAAUGAAACUAUCAAAACUCUUUUUACUGAAAUUCUUGAUGAUGACCUUCCUGAAGGUCCUGAGGAGUUUUCAAUAGAAAUUAUCAAAGUGGAACUAGUGGGAAGUGGAUUUGAUUUUAUGAAAAAAGAAAAUGGACUUCAGAUUGACCAGCCACCUGAGAUAGGAAAUGCCUCAGUAGUGAAAAUCAUUAUAUCAAAAAGUGACAAUGCAGAAGGCAUCAUCGAAUUCGAUCCACUCUAUACAAGUCUGCAAGUGGAAGAAGAUGUUGGGAUCUUAAUGAUUCCAGUAGUGCGAAGGCGUGGAAGUUAUGGUCUUGUGACUGCUGACUUUAUAUCCAGCAGUAUUUCAGCUCUUCCUGAUGGUGUUGAUUACAGUCUUACAAAUAACUCAGUAAUUUUUCAUCAUGGUCAAAACCAGAGUUUUAUCAGUGUCUUAAUAAUAGAUGAUGAUGAAAGUGAACAAGCUGAGCAGUUUGAUAUCCAGCUAAUAGGAGCCACUGGGGGAGCAGUCCUUGGGCUCCACCUAGUGAGCCAAAUAACUAUUGCAAAGAGUGACUCUCUGCAUGGGAUUGUCCGAUUCGUAAAUCAAAGCCGAAUAAUUCUUCCCAAUCCUAACAUGUCACUGACACUGUCCUUGGUGCUGGAAAGAACUGGAGGAUUGAUAGGAGAUUCUCAGAUUAGUUGGGACAUUUUAGGACCUAAUUCAGAGACAGUAUUACUUGCUUCAAACAGUGACAUUGGGGACCCAGUGAAUGGAUCAUUCUGUUUUGAUGAAGCGGAAGGAGGUCUGAGAAGUAUCAGCCUAGAAAUUUAUCCUCAUGAAGAAGUUGAAGUUCAGGAGAUCUACAUUAUUAGGCUGAGUGUUUUGAAGGGUGAAACAGAACUAGAUCCCAAGGCGGCCAACAUUACAUUAAUAAUUCAAAAAUUUGGAGAUCCGAAUGGAAUUGUGCAGUUUGCUCCUGAAUCAUUACUCCCAAAAUACUAUGAGGAGCCAUCAUCAUCAGAUGGGCCCAUGAGUAUCAUACUUUUUGUAAAACGAAUUCAAGGCACCAUGGGAAACAUCACGGUUCACUGGGAGCUGAGUAGUGAUUCUGAUACUACAGAUGAUUUUCUUUCUAUUGGUGGCUCUACUAUAAUUCCUGAUAAGGAGAGGACAUCUGAAAUUGUUGUAGUCUUAUUGCCUGAUGAUGAUCCUGAAAUAGAUGAGCAUUUUGUGGUUCAGCUGACUUCAGUGGAAGGAGGAGCUGAUGUAGAUCAAGAAAAAAGCGCUUCUACAUUCACUGUUUGUGCAAACGAUGAUCCCCAUGGAGUAUUUGCCUUGUAUUCUGAGAAACAGUCCAUAUUGGUAGAAGAAGAUCUAAGCCGGCACAUUCAAAUUAAUAUAACUCGACAUGCUGGGACUUUUGCAGAUGUGAAUGUGGAAUAUCAAAUCUCAUCUUCCAGUCAAGAGCAACUAAUCAUUCCAGCCAACACAAUGGGGCAUUUGCUAGUUAAAGCAGGUUCCAGUUACGGAGUGAAGACAGUGCCAAUACAUCCCCAGGUAUUUCUCUUCCUGGGCUUGAAUUUUACUCUGGAAUUGAACAAUGUAAGCCUAUUCAAUGGAAGUGCCAAUAUUGUGCCUAAAAUAUUAGAGACAGCAAUGUCAGCCUCAUUUCCAGUUCCUGAAGAAGCUGCCAAUUCUCAGGUUGCCUUUGAUUCUGUUAUCUUACGACUUACAAAUGUUACAUCAGGAUCAACUCAAGCUCUGAUAACUCGGAAAGGAGUCUAUGGCUCUAUCACAGUACUUUGGAGUUCUGGAUAUCCACCUGGACUUAUUCCAGAGUUCCUUCGUCCAGGCAAUAUCACACCAGCUGCUGGUGCUGUUACUUUUUCACAUGGUGAAACAAGCAGAACAGUUUUAUUUUUCCUGAAUCCAGAUCCAAGCAGUCCUGAGGCAUUUGCUGUGCAUCUGUCAGCAGUGCAUAGCAAUGUCUCUGGUGGGGCUCAUCUGCGAUCAGACUUCACUGUUGCUGAAAUUGAGCCAAUGGGAAUAUUUCAGUUUGCCCCUAACUCAAGGCAUCUUUCAGUGAGCGAAGAUGUACAAAUUGUCCGUCUAUAUGUACAAAGACUAUUUGGGUACCAAAGCAACCUCACAAAAGUGUUCUACCAGACUACUGCAGGAAGUGCCAAACCACUAGAAGAUUUUGAACCCAUUUAUAACGGAGUGCUUGUUUUUGGACUCCUUCAGGUUGAUGCUGUGUUUGAAAUACUAAUCACUGAUGACAGCAUUUCAGAAGGAGAGGAAAUAUUUUUUGUGAACUUAACAUCUGUUGAAGCUUUAACUAUGCAGCAAUUAGAGUCAGUUUGGAAUCCACGUCUGAAUCCAGAGUUUAAUGUUGCAUCAAUUACCCUCAUGGCCAAUGAUAUCCAUCAUGGAAUCUUAAGCCUUGGACCAGCUGUGAUUUACACUGAAGAAGACACUGAUAAUGGCACACCCCACGUGGUUCUAAUUAAUAUUAGAAGGACUCAGGGAUUCAUGGGCAAUGUCUCAGUAGCUAUUAACACUUUUGGUGGAAUAAGUGCUCAAAGUGGGACACAUACGUUCCCCUUGGAAACUGUCCCUGGGAUUUCUAACUUAACCUGGGCAAUUGAAGGGGUUGAUUUUGAGGAGCAGGCUCUUCCCAUGACACUGCUGGAUGGGGAAAGAGAAAGGCAAGUGUCUAUCAGAAUUCUUGAUGAUGAUGAUCCUGAAGGACAGGAAUUUUUUGUUGUUGUCCUCUCUGAUCCUCAAGGUGGAGCUCAGAUUACAGAAGGCAAGGACGAAAACGGGUUUUCAGGUUUUGCAACCAUAAUUAUCCAAGGAAAUGAUCUUCAGAAUGGUAUUCUGGGAUUCAGUGGAGAGGCACAAAGUGGCCUCAUGCUUGAUGAAGAUUCUGAGAUGAGAGAGGUGCAGCUCAUUGUCACUCGGCAACCAAACAGAGCUUUUGAAGAUGUGGAAGUAUCUUGGCGUGUGACCUUUAAUAGAACAUAUGUUGUCCUGGAAAAGAAUGGCACAAAUCUGGCAGAUGAACUGGUGGCUGUUUUAGGAGUUACCACUUGUAGAGCUAGUCAAACAAAAUGCAUAAUUCCUAUUGAGAUAAAGCCUGAUAAUGAACCUGAAUUUGAGAUAUAUUUUUUUGUUGAGCUCUAUCGUGUGAGUGCAGGAGCAGCAUUAAACAACAGUGCCAGAUUUGCCUACAUAAUAGUUCCAGAAAGUGACUCUCCCCGGGGUCUGAUCUACUUUGCUGUGGGGUCUCGUCUGGCUGCUGCCCUUAAGAAGACCACUUUAAUUAGUCUCCAGGUGGUUCGAGAUGCUGCCACAGCAUUCACCAUCUCAGUUGGUUACAGAACUCAGGAGCUGACAAGACCUGAAACUGUUGGCCGCAUAACCAUAUCACCAGCCAUUUCAGGACAAGACUUUACCCGAGCUGAGGGAAUAUUGUCCUUUGAACCUGGACAGCGAAAUGCCAUGCUGGAUAUAACACUCACUCCAGAGACUGGAUCCUUAAACCCAUUUCCUAAACGCUUCCAAGUUGUGCUUUUUAAUCCAACUGGAGGCGCCAGAAUUGAUGACAUCUAUGGUAUUGCCAACAUCACCAUUGUCUCUGAUUCAAACUCCCAAGCAGUCUGGGGGCUAGCUGAUCAGCUGUACCAGCCACUUGAUGACACCAUUUUGAACAGAGUCCUUCAGUAUUUAAACAUCAAAGUAGUCACAGAAAGUACGGAAGAGCAGCUUGCUGCUGUAAUGCUCAUAGUAGAUAAGGUGAUAUCUGAAGGAGAAAAGCAAGCACUCACUGAUAAAAACCGAAGUCUUUUGUAUGAUAUUCUCUGUGCUCUUAUUAAUCCAAAACGCACGGAUACCCGGGGCUACAGCUUUCUUGCUGAUAUAACUGAGAAAUUUGCCUUUUCACUCUCUAUUGGAAUAAUGUGUGGAUCACAGGGGGAAAGAGGCAAAACCAUCCUUGACUAUUGCCCUUUUAUUGUAAUUAUGUCCCAUUACUGGUAUCCGCAGCAAAUCAAUGGGCAUAGGUUUGAUGGGAAAGAUGGUGAUUUUAUCAGAGCUCCCGAUCGCUUGUUGGAAGUUUCUGCAUUGUCUGAUUCUAAAGAUGAGGACUGUAGGUUUAUUCAAGUCACUGAGUAUAGCAGCCAACAGUGGUUUAUAACUGGUGAUAAAGGAACUGCCUUAAAAAAUAAGAUUUUUUCAAUGAGUUUGAAGGGUCAGAGUCCACUUCUGCUGAAGGAUAACAAUGAGGUUACCUAUCGGAUUCAUUCUAUAGAUAGCCGGAUAGUUCCUCAUAAGUCUUUGUGUCUCCUUUGGAAUCAGGCUGCUGAAAGCUGGUUGUCUGACAGUCAGUUCUGUAAACUGAUUGAUGAUUCUUCAGACUAUGUGGAAUGCUCUUGUUCUCACAUGUCUCUUUAUGCAGCCUAUGCACAGACAGAUAGCUUGUCGUCUUACAAUGAAGCUUUCUUCUCAUCUGGUUUCAUCUGCAUUUCUGGUUUCAUCUUCGCUAUUUUUUCACACCUCUUCUGUACCAGGUCUUCAAUGUUCGCAGCUAAACUCCUUACUCAUCUGAUGGUUGCCUGUUUGGGUACUCAGCUUUCAUUUCUGGCCUCAGCUUAUGUAAGUCAACAGCUCUCAGAGGAAAGCUGCUCAGCUUUGGGCUCACUCACCCACUACUUCUACCUUUGCCAGUUCAGCUGGAUGCUCAUUCAGGCUGUUAAUUUCUGGUAUGUCCUGGUGAUGAAUGACGAGCACACAGAUCGGCGCUAUCUUAUGUUUUCCCUUCUGGGUUGGGGUCUUCCAGCUUUUGUUGUGAUUCUACUUAUAAUUAUCCUGCGAGGAAUCUAUCAUCACAACCUGUCACAGAUUUAUGGCCUGGUACACAAUGAUCUGUGUUUUAUUCCAAAUAUUUAUGCAGCCCUUUUCACGGCUGCACUGGUACCACUAAUUUGCCUGGUGGUGGUAUUUGUGGUAUUCAUCCAUGCUUAUCAGGUGACAUCUCAGUGGAAAGCUUAUGAUGAUGUAUUCAGAGGAAGAACCAAUGCAGCAGAAAUCCCACUGGUGUUAUAUCUGUUUGCCCUCAUUUCCAUUACAUGGCUAUGGGGAGGACUGCACAUGGCUUACAGGCAUCUGUGGAUGUUGAUCUUCUUUGUCAUUUUCAACUGUCUGCAGGGCCUUUAUGUUUUUGUGGUAUAUUUUAUUUUACACAACCAGCUCUGCUGCCCUGUAAAAGCAACUUACACAGUUGAAAUGAAUGGCCAUACAAGUCCAGGCUCUGCAUUUUUCACUCAUGGCAGCGGCAUGCCUCCAGCAGGAGGAGAGAUCAGCAAAUCUACCCAGAACCUUAUCGCUGCUAUGGAAGAGAUGCCAGCAGACUGGGAGAGGGCAUCAUUAAGACCAGCCAGUCAGGCCAGUGCUGCCUUUAAGCAGAGCCCACAGAAUGGCAGUGCCUUUACGACUCCAGGAGGUCUCAGCAGCAGCUCCUUGAUGGCUGAUGAAGAAUCACAAGAAUUUGAUGAUCUAAUAUUUGCUUUAAAAACUGGUGCAGGCCUCACUAUCGGUGACACAGACUCCUGCCAUGGCAGCCAAGAUGGAAGCAACAUGGUGAACUCCCAGAUUGUAGAACUUAGAAGAAUACCUAUAGCAGACACUCACCUCUAGUACCUCCAUCUUUUUUAAAAAAGUUAUCCAGUCUCCAUGUUUUUAUAUCUAGUUUUCUUUUGCACUAACAACAACAACAACAACAACAACAACAAAACACUACAUACAGCUGUGUAACAGAAUGCUGUGAGCUGUAACUGGAUAAUUAACAAGAAGGAAUGUCUUUUUGUGAAUCAGGAAAAAAACCACAAAACCUGUAAAUCAUUAGAGUGGCUGAGCUGUUUGUUCAGGUUAACUUAGAUGCACAUAUUCAUCAAGUGUAGCCUUUAAAAAAAAUUAACCUGUAUAUGUAAGUCUGUUUUAAUAAAAACUGAUAGUCUGUUGAUAGAGA